UUACUCGAACAGGUGUGUUCAGUGUAUAUAUUCUGAUCGUUCCCUUCAUUUUUUAUAUAUUGUUAACUAUUAUUUAAUUCUUUACAUAGUGCAAGUGCAACGAACUUUUUUUUUUAUUCACUUAAAGUGUAUGUGAAAAAAUUCAAGUUCUAUGUCAAAAAAAAAAGUUUAAUAUUAAAAACUUUAUUGAAAUUGAAUUUCGAUUUUAUGAAAUUUUGAAAAUUCUAUAUACACAAACAUCGAAUGAGAAAUCAAGAUUUUCUCAUUGUUAAUUAAGAAUCAGACAAAAAUAUGUUACGUCUAGUGUUAAUGAAGAGAUGAUGACGAAAAGUAAAAGCGUUUAGAAAUUCUAAAUGAAAAUAAAGAAAUAACAAGUGAGAAAGUAAAAAAAAAAUUCUCUAAAAUUUUUGAUAUCAUUAUAUAAAUCUAUCUACAUGAAAGAGGAAACGCAAGUACCAUCAUUGGGACAAGGAGGUGCAAAAGAAGGAAAUUAUGUCAACGACUGAACGGGUGUUUCACCUAAUAUGACCCUGACAACAGUACUCAAAGCAACUCCUUCGCUUUGUAGCUCUUUUCAAACAAGAUGCUUUGUUCUUUUUUUGUUGGCGAGUUUUUUGCCACCCUCAACUGCGAGAAACAAUCCACCUCGGUUCCUCACCGAUGGCCAAACGGAAAUCAUCCUCAGGCUCAAGGAAGGGCCAAAAACACCAGUUGGAAGCAUAAUACACCGAUUAAGAGGAAUAGACCCAGACGGAGACGAAUUGAUUUUUGGUAUCAAAAAUCAACCCGGUAGCGAUGUUAUAAGAGUAGAAAACUUCAAUCCAAAUGAAGCAAAUAUUUAUCUGAAUAAACCACUGGACAGAGAGUUACAAGAUGAGUAUGCAUUGAUUUUGACAUUAACCGAUGGAAAAUUAGGCGAAGGAAAUUAUAUAACUCAAAGUCUUCUAUUAUUGGUGGAAGAUAUAAAUGACAAUGUACCAAUUUUUCGUCCACAUCCAACAACAAUAACAAUUAAGGAAAAUUCAUCACCCGGUGUAUUAACAACUGUUGAGGCAAUCGAUGCAGAUGAAGGUGCACAUGGACAGGUUGUUUAUUAUAUUCAAGAAUUGGACGGUGACAAUGAUAUGUUUACAAUUACAACAGUCAAUGGAAAAGGUGUCAUUCGUUUAAUUGGCUCUUUGGAUUACGAAAGAAAAUAUCUUUAUCAAUUGCGAAUACUUGCAAUCGAUCGGGCAAUCAACGAAAAGGUAAAUACAGGUACAACAGCAAUUUUAGUGAAAGUUCAGGAUGUAGAGGAUCAACCCCCGGAAUUUGUGGCAAUGACUCCCGUUGCUAGAAUCAGUGAAAAUGUCAGAAUUGGAACACCUGUUCUUCAAGUUCGUGCAAUUGAUGGUGACAAGGGUAUAAAUAACAAGAUAAAAUACAGCAUCACUCAGGGUCCAAAACACUUGUUCGAUAUUGAGCCCACUUCUGGUUUAGUGUUCACGAUAGCGCAAUUGGACCGUGAGGCUGGUGAUAAUAGUGAUGGUACAUUUAUCUUGGAAAUUACUGUUAAAGAAAUAUCAAGUGUCGUUGUACCUGCUCCUUCAGUAUCAACGGAAGUGACUGUUAUUCUCACUGACAUUAACGAUGAAACACCAACAUUUCGUAGUCAACGUUAUAUCGCCGAAAUAAAUGAAAAUGCACCACAAAAUACGCCAGUCAAUUUUAUUGGCGAUGCCAUUCCCGAAAUUUAUGAUCACGACUUGGGGACGAAUGGAACUUUUGGAAUGUUCAUCGAUGGAGAUAAUGGAAUUUUCGACAUCACACCAUCCCGUGGGAUCAAUGAAGCCGCAUUCUUAAUUCGUGUUAAAAAUACUUCAAAAUUAGAUUUUGAAGAAAGAACUGUUGUCAACUUUACAUUAAUUGCCAAAGAAAUUGUAACGCCAGCCGCAAAAUACAGUAUUGUGCCAGUGACAAUUUAUAUCAAGGAUCAAAAUGACAAUUAUCCCGAAUUCACUCAAAAUAUUUAUGAAGUAACAAUACCGGAAAAUUGUGAGAUUGGUUCAACGCUAGCUUGGGUACAAGCAUUGGAUGCUGAUAGUGGAAAUUUUGGUACCCAUGGAAUUAGAUACACAAAUUUGGGUGGCAGCAUUGCUCACGUAUUGUCUCUGAAUCCUUUAAGUGGUGUAAUUACAGUGAAAGAAAGUGGGUCAAGUUUCGAUCGAGAAUUAGUAUCACGACAUUAUUUGACAGUUGAGGCACGCGACGAUUUAGGAAGAGGAAAUCGAAAUACAGCACAAUUAAUUGUCAAUAUUCUCGAUGUUAAUGAUAAUGCACCUGUUUUUCUACAAACUAAAUACGAAGUCGUACUACUAGAGAAUGAAGAACAAUUUGAAUCACCAUUAAUUGUCGAGGCUUUUGACAUUGAUUUAAAUGGAACAAGAAACAGUGAAGUUGUUUAUUCAAUUGUAAAUAGCGAAUAUUCCCGUAAUUUCACAAUUGAUCCAACGAGAGGAAUAAUUUCACCGUCAAUGCCAAUGGAUUUUGAAAAAUUACCCGCCAAUAAAGGACAAAUGGAAAUAGCAAUUCGUCCAUUACGAUUAACAAUUAGAGCCAAAGAUAUGGGAUCGCCGAGUUUAAGUUCGGAUGUACCUGUUAUUAUUUAUUUCAAGGAUGUCAAUGAUAAUGGACCAAAUUUUGAGAGAGCUGUUUAUAAAAAAAAUAUUCCUGAAAAUGUACCCGGUGGCACUACUGUUUUACAGGUAAAAGCCUGGGACAGAGAUUUGUCAUCACCAAAUAAUAAAAUAGUCUAUCGAAUUCAAAGUGGAGCUGGUGACAAAUUUGUCAUUGGACCGGAAACUGGUAUAAUUAAAGUGGCAUCCGGAUCGAAUUUAGAUCCAGAUUUAACGUCACCAAAAACUACACGAUAUAUUUUAAAUGUUGUUGCCAUUGACAGUGGAACUGAAAUUCAACGUACGGCCGAUGUUGUUGUCAAUAUUUCCAUUAUUGAUGUUAACAAUAAAUCGCCAACAUUUAUCGAUCCAGGAACAGUAACAAUUAGAGAAAAUACUCAGAUUGGAGCGUAUGUUCAUCGAGUUGUAGCGAGCGAUCCUGAUAUUGCACCGAUUUUGCGGUAUCGAAUCGAUCCCAAUUCAUCCGAGGCAAGAAACGAGGAAGGAACUCUGAUUCGUGUUCAAGAAUACGAUUACCUGGCGGCUCUCGAGUUGAAUGCCCUGGAUGGGUUGCUUCGAGUGUUACGAUUAUUGGAUAGAGAGAGGGUUGAGACCAUAAAACUUGGUCUCGUUGUUGAAGAUUUGGCGGCUGUAAAUGGACCUCAAAUUGCCUCUGCUACUUUGAAUAUUAUAAUUGAAGAUGAGAAUGACAAUAAUCCUCGAUUUCGAAGACCGUUUUAUAGAAGAUCAGUGACGGAAAAUAGUAAAAAUGGAAUGCAUAUUGCAAGUGUCGUUGCUUAUGACGAUGACAAAAAUCGUACCAUUAGUUAUUCAUUGGAAAGUCCGAGAGAAUUAACAGAAUUAGUUGAUCUCGAUUCAGAAACUGGUGAAAUGAUUGUUGCUAAUAAAAUUGACAGAGAACAAUAUUCUUGGUUGAAUUUAACAGUUAGAGCCACUGAUUCAGGCGUGCCACCAAGAUCGAGUUUGGCAGAAGUUUACAUUCAAGUACUGGACGAAAAUGAUAAUAAUCCGUUUUUUAUCGUUGAAAUUCAUAAUGUGACGGUAAUGGAAAAUGCAAAAAUCGGAACAGAAAUUGCCAUAAUAAUGGCGAGAGAUGCUGACAGUGAUGAUUAUGGUAAAAUUACAUAUCUCCUAGAUCGAACGUCUGCACAGGGAAAGUUUGCCAUUCAUCCGGAAACUGGCUCCUUGACCGUUGCAGAUUCGCUUGACUGGGAAACAAAGAGUAAUUAUGUUCUUGUAGUUGAGGCUUGGGACAAUUAUCAAUUUGGAUACACGGCAGGAGAAUCAAGAAAUGCUUUCAAGCAAAUCGAAGUAAUUGUAAUUGACGUUAAUGAUAAUGCGCCAAAAAUUGAAAUACCAAAGGAGUGCAUAACUAUUUCUGAAUUUCAUGAUAUUCGAGAAAAUGUGGCAGUAAUUAAAGUAAAGGAUGUGGACAAUCCAUUGACACCAAAUGGACGAGUCACAAUAAAAAUACUCAGUGGAAAUGAAAUGGGUUUCUUUCUACUGGAGCAAAUCGAUUAUUGGACAGCAAGAAUAAAAGCAACAAAAUCAUUGAGAGGGAAAUUUGGAAAUUAUUCAUUGUAUCUUGAUGCCAGUGACCUUGGAACUCCAGCUAAAUCGGACAAUGCCGUUUUGAAUAUUUGUGUUACUGAUUAUAAUGACAAUCCACCGAUUUUUAUCAGUCCCCAACAUAAUACAACAAUACGAGUUCCGGAGAACAUAACAGUGGGUUCAGCGAUUAUUCAAGUUGAAGCACAAGACGCUGAUACAGGACCAAAUGGAGAUGUUCAUUUUCGAUUAAAACAGGACUUGGCAGGUCACUGGCGUACUUUUCAAAUUGAUGAAAUAUCCGGUCUUGUCACACUAAAUCUUCCCUUAGAUCGAGAAAUACAAAAAUUAUACGAAAUUCGAAUUGAAGCUUACGACAUGGGAAAACCAACACCGUUGAGUUCUGAUCUUGAUUUAAUAAUUUAUGUACGAAAUAUAAAUGAUUAUGAGCCACAAUUUUUAGUGGAUAUUUGUAAAUUAAACUUUACUGAAGAAAAAUUACCAGGAAUUGAAAAAAUUAUUCUACCCGAGACAAUUGAUAGGGAUGAGGUUGAUGAUCUUGACGAUCCACCAACACAAGUUUGCUACUAUAUUGUGGCUGGGAAUGAUGAUGGUCUUUUUUAUCUUGACAAUAAAACUCACGAGUUAACUAUUUUGAAAUCAUUGGAUAGAGAAAAAGAAGAAGAACAUGUGCUUUUGAUAAAAGCAACCGAGGAUUGUAGUAACGCUCCUCCAAAUGAGAAUUAUUUCAAUAAUAGUGAUGAUACACUAUUGAAAGUCAUUGUUACUGUAUCCGAUAUUAAUGACAAUCCACCGACAUUUAUCAAUAAAGUUUUUACCGGUGGCGUGACAACAGAAGCUGAUUUUGGAACACAAUUCAUGACUAUUAAAGCAAUCGAUUUGGAUAUGGAGGAAAAUGCAAAUGUCAAUUAUUAUCAAAUUGGAAAAAUUCAAAUGACUCUCACAGAAGGAUUGGAUGAUAUAAGAAUUCAACCAUUUUUGGUGGAUAGAGUUACCGGUGCGGUUAGUUUAAAUUUUGAUCCACAACGAGGAAUGAAAGGAUAUUUUGAUUUUAUGGUAUUGGCAAAUGAUACAGAUGGACUUCAAGACACUGCACGAGUAUUUAUUUAUUUGCUUCGUGAAGAUCAAAGAGUGAGAUUCGUUUUGAGACAACAUCCACCGGAAGUUAGAAAUCGAAUCGAAAAUUUCCGAGGCAUUCUGGGAAAUGUAACCGGUGCAAUUGUGAAUGUGGACGAAUACAAAAUCCAUGAAAAUCAAGAUGGAUCAGUCGACAGAACAAGAACUGAUUUAUACCUCCAUUUAGUGAAUCGGCAGGACAAUUCAAUUUUGGAAGUGUCAGAGGUUUUGGAAUUGAUAGAUCGUAACAUUGAAAAAUUGGACGAUCUGUUUAAAGAUUUCAAUGUUCUUGAUACACAAGCGGCACAGGCACAGCCAAUCAUUCAAUAUGAACAAGCUGGCACCACUUUUUGGUUAUUAGCGAUAACUCUCUUUUUGGGGGCACUUUUGAUACUUUGCAUUGCACUUUGCCUCUCUCAAAGGGCAUCGUUUCAACGUAAACUCAAAGCUGCCAAUGCCACUCCAUUUGGUGCAACAGACUCGGAAUUUAUAAGAGGGCCCGGUAGAGUUCCUAAUACAAAUAAACACAGUGUUGAGGGUUCAAAUCCAAUAUGGAUGCACGCUUAUGAGAACGAAUGGUUCAAAAGUGACGAGUCAUUCAGUCACGGAUCUGAAAGAGAUUCUUUAGAUGAAAAUGCUUUAAACAAUGAAGAAAUUAUAAACGAAAGUAAUACCAAUGAUAGACCAACUGAAGAUAAACCUUAUUAUAUUCAACCGAGAGUCGCUUCUAUAUCGAGUAGUAUGGAAGGUAGCACGGACGAAGGAAAUGAAUCGCCAAUUUCACGAAGUCAACAAGUAACGAAUAAUCCUUUAGGCAAAAAGAUUGAAACAACUGAACUUUGAGCCAUUUACUAUAUAAUAUAAAGAAAACUCAUUUGUAAAUAAUAUCAUUUAUUCAAUGAACCUUUUAAAUUAAUUUCAAUUUUUACUUUUUCAUAUCAUUAAAAACAUAAAAAAACGGUUUUUUUUUCAAAUACAGAAAUUAUUGAUUCAAAUACAAUUUAUUUAUUAAAAAAAAAUUAUUUCGUUCAAAUAAAUAUUUAUUUUUAUCAAAUAUAAUUAUUAUUUGAGUCAAUUGAAUUGUAUUUGUUUCAAAGUAAAGAAAUUAUUGAUUCAAAUAAAUUUUAAUUAUUUCAAAUAAAAAUUAUUUUGUUCAAAGGAAAUAUUUAUUCAAUAGUGAUGUAACUGA